AUGGCCUCGUCGUGUGAGGACCCCCACUUGGGCACUGGCCCAUCUGAGGAUUCAGAGAUUAACCUGGAUGAUUCUGACACUGGAAGCAUCCUCUCUGAUGAUUCAGUGCUUCCUAAUUUUGAAAGAGAUGACAAGUAUGCAGAGCCGCCAAGAACACUAUAUGAAGCAUGUGUUCGGAAUGAUCCUGUCUCCUUGCGAAGGAUACUAGAGAGAGGCGUUAACAAGGAAGAGGCCAUGGAAUUGGAUAUUAACAGCAGGAAUGGACUGAUGGUGGCGGUGAGCAAAGGAUUUAUAGACGUGAUCACCACACUGCAUGUCUGCCCUCUAAUAGACAUCAACCACCAAGACAACGAUGGCAACUCUGCCCUAAUGAUUGCAGCCCAGGCUGGCUUCGCCACUAUUCUGAACUACAUCCUCAAUUACUACUCUGGUGUGGACACUGAGGUCAGGGAUCCCCGUGGCUUCACAGCUCUAAUCAAGGCAGGCCUUCAGGGCAGAGAAGACUGCGUGUCAGCCCUCCUCAUGCAUGGUGCCGAUAUGAAUGCAAUGGACUACGUUCAAGGGCGCGGCCUGAAAGAUUGGGUCUUGCGGACAGGUAGAUUUGAGACAAUGAACAGGAUACGCUACCUGCAAACUCAUCCCGUCGCUGAGCAGUUUUGUGAUAACUACAAACCUGAGUGGCCAGAGCUCAAGCAGCUGGUGGCAAAGGCGACUGCCAGCAAAAGCACAGGCCAGAAACUGCGGCAGCGCUUGAAAGACAGCUUCACUUUCAGCUUCCCUCAGGACCCCCAAUACAAUGGGGUCAUGGAUCAUAUGGUGCGAAUGACUACGAGCAUCCACAGCCCACUUGUGGUCACUGCUUGCCAUCCGCUGUGUCCCAGCAGCCCCCCGGAAAUUGGGAAGCGGAGGCUGGCUGUUCCCGAACUUCUUGAGAAGCACAGCAGCAAAGAGCUGGAGGAAAGCACAGUGUCUCACAGCAACGGCUCCCUCGCUUCCUUUUCUUCCGGUGCUGCAUCUGUCGCCUCGGUAUCCCUAACCUCCUGCUGCCAGGAGACCGAGCGCAGAGAAAGCGUGCCACCCGGGGGCAUGAGAGGCUUUAUUCCCCGCAGCAUGGCACACAGGAACAGUAUUUUCCCCUCAGGUUGCGUCCCGAAAAUUGAAGUGACCAGAUCUGGUGAACCUACUCCAAAGAAAGAGAAGAAAAAGAAGCGGCAAAAGGGAUACCUGGAGCCUCCUGUGUGGAAGUACAAAGAAGCCAAGGAGGAGAAAAAGAGGGAGAAGAAGAUAAAGGAGCAAGAGAGAAUAGCCAAGGGGUCCAAAAGUUGA